CACACACAGCUGGAGAGCCAUUCUCCACUAAUGCUGCUCUGAGGAUUUUAGACAUGGAACUGAUCUCUUCCUCAAAAACCGUCUGGUUAUGGAGCCUUCUAUCACUCUUAUUCUCAGAUGUGAUCUGUAAUCUAGAAGGAUCUCUGCACAGAGAUCUAAUGGUGGGAUACAACAAGAACAUUCGACCUAUGGAGAACUAUGGUGACAUCACUGAUGUGAAGAUCAAGAUGACCCUCACCAACCUCAUUUCUCUGAAUGAGAAAGAAGAGACCCUCAGCACCUGUGUUUGGAUUGAGAUGAAAUGGCAUGAUUAUCGACUCCGCUGGGCCAACAGGACAGGGUUUGAGGUCUAUGAGAACAUAACACGUAUGCGUCUUCCCUCUAAAGCUAUCUGGCUGCCCGACAUCGGCCUGGAGAACAAUGUGGAUGGACGUUUUGAGGUGGCGCUCUACACUAACGCUCUGAUAGAUCCUGACGGUAGUGUGGUCUGGUUGCCCCCUGCCAUCUACCAAAGCUCUUGUGCCAUCAAGGUCAACUACUUCCCUUUUGACUGGCAGAACUGCAGCAUGGUGUUCAGAUCAGAGACGUACAAUGCCAAUGAAAUCAAACUGAUGCUGUCAGACGAGGACAAUGUCACUAUGGAGUGGAUUGAAAUUGAUCCAGAAGCUUUUACUGAGAAUGGGGAAUGGAUUAUUAAGCACCGCCCUGCUAAGAAGGUUGUGAACAAGCGAUACAGCCCAGAUGAGUUGGAGUACCAGGAGAUCAUCUUCUUCCUCAUCAUCCAGAGAAAACCUCUGUUCUACAUCAUCAAUAUCAUCGUGCCCUGUGUCCUCUUCUCAUCCCUUGUGUUACUUGUCUACUUCCUGCCGGCCAAAGCUGGAGGACAGAAAUGUACUAUGACCAUUGCAAUCCUGCUCGGUCAGACUGUCUUCCUGUUCCUUAUUGCCAAGAAAGUGCCAGAAACUUCCCAAGCUGUUCCUCUCAUCGGAAAGUAUCUGAUGUUUGUGAUGUCGGUGACCACAAUAACUGUGAUGAACUGUGUCGUGGUGUUGAAUGUUUCUCUGCGAACUCCAAACACCCACCCCAUGAGCAACAACAUCAGAAAGGUCUUUCUGAAUAUCCUCCCUCGUCUGCUGAGGAUGACGAUGCAGCGCUGGACACCUGAGCAGGAGGAAGGGGAUUUUAAAAUGUUUGCCCUGGGCAACGGCACUCCACUUCGCCGCAGGAGACGAAGCUCUUUGGGAUUAAUAGCAAAGGCUGAUGAAUACAUGUUCAGAACAGCACGCUCAGAGCUGAUGUUCAGUCGACUGAAGGAGAGAAAGGGGCUGCUGAAGAACACUUUAGAGAAAAUACAAAAUGGUCUGGGAGGGAACACAGCACAGGAUCUAGAAUCCAGUUUGGCUUCAGCUUCAUCAGAAGUGCAGCAGUGUGUGUCUUCCUGUAAACACAUUGCUGAAAGUGCCAAGCACCAAAAUGACUUUCAAAGUGAAAAUGAAGAAUGGUUUCUGGUUGCCAGGGUGAUUGACAGGAUGUGCUUCAUCGUCAUGGCGCUACUGUUUAUAUUGGGCACCAUCGGAAUCUUCCUGAUGGGACAUUUCAACCAGGCCCCGUCUCAGCCCUUCCCUGGAGACCCAAAAAAAUACCUGCCUGAAAUCUCAUCUGGAGACAUCACAGGCUGAAUGCAAGUUAAAAACCAAAUGAUAGACUCAGAGAAACUCCAGCAGAAGUAUAGAGGACUUUCUUGAGGAUACUCUGGAGACAAAAAGCCAUCAGAUUGUUCUAAGCUAUGGCAAAGGAGCUCUCAGCACUUCAGUUUAGAAGUGCUUCAUGUUUACAAAAGUGAUCGAAGGUCUCCAGAGAAGAGAGCUGGUUGGUUCCGAAGUCAUUUGAAACUUGAAUUGGCUUUGAUGAGAUGUUGAUAAAUAUGAAUGUCAUAUUAUUUGCUUGUUAUUGCCUGUCAAUUUCUUUAUCAACUUUAAUUCUGUGUAGUGAUUCAACAGUUGAUGCUUUGCUGAAAAUAAAAAUGGUAAAUUUCUACAUGUAAAUGAUGAUCUUCUGCAUGAAAUCAAAUGAAUUGUUUCAGAUCCGGGAAGGAGAGAGCAGGGCAGGAGGUGGGUGUUCAGUGUAGGAGUAGAAUUACAACUACUAACACAGUAUUUGAAGCUUCUCAGUAAAGGAAACCCUUAUCCCGUCACUUCUGCACCUGCCCAGCAGCCAC